GGAAAUGGAACAUAUUUGCCAUGUUACACAAUUCAAAAGUCGAAUCACAUAAUAUUCUCAUUAAGGACCCCGCAUUCUAAAUAAUGACGAAAAUACCCAGGAUCAUGGCUUGCAUCGAGGGGCUUAUAUGCCAUUUAGGUUUGAGCGGUUCCAACACCGCAUUCAAAUUUCCAGCGCUUUCCAUUCUUCGGGCAGCCAUCGUUCGUCUCCUUCUUCGCCGGGUAAUGUCGAUUUUAGGGCACUUUUGAGCGUCACUUUGAAUAGGGGGAUUACUGGAUCAGACAACGGCCUUUUCGGUGGGUAUUUGAUGUUAGUUUCAUGCUCUGAUUCUUUCUCGCGCUGAGAGGAUGGAGCUGCCGGCGGCGGAAGUGAAUAUCCUUAGCCUGGAAGUUGAUUUCGAUUACGAGUUUGAUGCGUCGAGGUACUUUAACUUUGUGAGGGAAGAGACCCCCUCGGAGGCGUGGGUGGCGGAGUCCUGGUUCGAGACAGCUGGGAGUUACCCCCCUUCUCCUUUUAUAUCAAAAUUGUUCUUGGAAAAGGAUGUCUUUGCAGAAACUGUCAAUAUUAUUCCCAAGUUUAAAGACACACAAAUGUCUGGUUUUCAUCCGAAUGGAGCAGGUGAUCAAGUUCUCUAUGACUUAGAUGAAAUCUCCAAAGUAUUGACGGUUGAAAAUUUUGUGCUUCAUGAUCCUUAUCAAAAUGAGAAGAGAUUUGUAUUUGGUUCAUCUGCACAAGUCUCAACAUUGAUGAAACCUACAGCUAGUCAUCUUGCCAAGCAAAAUAACCACUGCCUAGUGAGACAUGCUCAUCAGUCAGCACAUAGAUCACGAAAGCCACUUAUUGCGGAAAGGGUGAAGAAUUCUGAAGAUCCUUCCGACAAUGGGUUUCAAGCCGCCAAGAGACAAAAGCUAGAGGAUGGACUUUUGCGCAAGAUUGCUACCGAGAAGCAACAAAUUGAUUUGAUGCACAAGCUUCCAAAAAAUAGUAACAAAACAUCUACUUCUAAACUCAGGCUCACCAUUCCAAGAGAACCAGAACUAGCAACAGCACAGCGGGCACAGAGGAUAAGAGUACAUAGGUUUCGGCUAUGUUAUACAUCAUCUGGCUAUACUGCUUACUUGGCUUUCAGGUCAAAUCUUGAUAAAAAAUCACAAGAAAAGACCCCAGCAAAAUCAAAAUUUAAUUCACAUCCUCUUAAUAGAAAGAUUCUUGAGGCGCCCACAGUGCCUAGCUGCCGUAAUAGCACGCCAAGUUUACAAGAAUUUAAAAUUCUUGAGGCGCCCUCAAUGCCUAGCUGCCUUAAAAGCACGCCAAGAUUGCGAGAAUUUAAAAAUUUUAAGUUAAAGUCAUCAGAGAGAGACAUUAAACACUCUGCAGCUACUUCAUCAUCACUGUCUGCAAACAACCAUGCCCCCGGCAGCUCUAGUGAACAUGGAGUUAAAUCAAACUUGAAAUGUUUCCAGCGCCAUUCUUCUAUUGUUUCAAGAUCUGUCUUAGAUAAUCAGAGGUUUUAUAAUGAUGAAAACAUUCAGCCCAAGUUUACAGCUAGACCCCUUAAUAAGAAGAUUUUGUCCAGCAGGGGAGAUAUUGGUGUCUUCCGUUGUUCCAAGCGAGAAACUACUAAACCGAUGGAAUUUAACCUUUCAACAAACAAAAGAAGCCAGCUAGAUCUACCGACUGAACUUUUUAACAAGCUCUCUCUAAACUCUGAAGUACCACAAUCUUCCAAAAGUCUGGCAACACCUUUAUGGCCUUUGCAUGGAUAUACGAAGGAUUUAAAGGGCAAUCUAAAGUACAUUGCACAACAAGGGCAUAAGGCAAGUUAUGAAGAUCAAGGAAACUUGUUGAGGCAUGAAGCAAAGCUUUUUGGCUUUGAGAAUGAAGCUUAUAGUUACAAGAGAUUGGAAGCAAACAAUAUGAGAUGAAUUUUGAGAGAGAGCCAAAUCACAGAAGUUUUGCUUUUUUAUCAAGCUUCAAAAAAAGGUUAGAUGAACAACUAAUGGAAUGAUUUAUGCAGGAUAUCAUAAGUUACUGAGAAGGGAUUGGAUUAUGUGAAAAUGUGCCUGCUCAGUUGGAAAAUGAAAAUUGUUUGUUUUAGUUGCUCUUUUGGACGAAGUGGGUGGUGGGAAGAGAUUUUUUAACAAAGAAAUAAAGGGAUUGGAUUAGGAGCUAUCUGAUGGAAAUUCUCAUUUUUUUUUUCUAUAAAGUGACAAUAAGGGCAACUUAUGUAUCAACUUUUCAUCACCCAUCCUCUAAAAGGAAAAAGAAAUAUUUAAGAUUUU